AUGCAUCUCCCAGGAAAGAAACACACAAAACCAGAAAUCUCUGAGCCACUGGAUGCACGACCCAUCGAGGGCGAACCGCAUCCUCAGAUGCUCUACAACCUCGGUCAAACUGGAAACAACGACGCCGUGAAUCCACCUGUGGCUGGAACACACUCGACCCAACUUCCUCCGACCACCGGCCAGCAGCCACAGAACAUGCACGGGCUCGUACACCCUCACCCAGACCCAGCCCAUGUCUACAAUCCUAAUGCCAACCAGCCAGCUGGUGCUAUGGAUCUCAACGACCCCACGCGAGGUGUCGAGGCCGGACAAGAGCCCCGAGUCGAGGUCGUCGAGGGAAAGCUCCCUUUCAAGGACCAGGUCCGCGCCUAUGUCAAGAUCCAUCGUGGUACGGUCAGCGGAGAUCACGAACAGAAAGAGCUUGGCAAGAAGAUUCUUGCAGGAGAAGUGCCGCCUCAGUGA